GAUAGUAAUCGGGGUGGCGUCUAGGCUUUGACCCGUGGGGUCGGAGUUGGGCCCAGGGGUCUUGCCUCCAUCCUUAGUUCUCACGCCUCAAAUUCUGGGGUGCGGGGGAAGACACCUGGGAGCAAAUGGGGAUUUUCCUUCUUUUCUUUCUUUCUUUCUUUUUUUUUUUUUUUAACUUAUGAGGGAAACAAAACAAACGCGGGAGAGAGUUGGAAACAAGCUCUUCUAUUCCUUUUUCAAGUCCCUCGUGGGCAAGGAUGUGGUCGUGGAACUCAAGAAUGACCUGAGCAUCUGUGGAACCCUCCAUUCUGUGGAUCAGUAUCUCAACAUCAAACUAACUGACAUCAGUGUCACAGACCCUGAGAAAUACCCUCACAUGUUAUCAGUGAAGAACUGCUUCAUCCGGGGCUCAGUGGUCCGCUAUGUGCAGUUGCCGGCAGAUGAGGUCGACACACAGUUGCUACAGGACGCAGCAAGGAAGGAGGCCCUGCAGCAGAAACAGUGAUGGUUCCUUCUCCUCCCUGUCCCUCUUCUAUUGGUGACCUUUAACCUCAAGUCCCAGCCAGGACCCCUCCCUCCCCAUAUUGAGGAUUUUUUUGUCUUUUUUUUUUUUAAAUAGUGGAGCCUUUUUUUUUUUCCUAUUAUUAUUUCAGCGAUGAGUGGAUGAGAGGAAAUAGUGUGGAGCAGCUCUCCUCUGUUGAGGAGGGGAGGAUAAGUAGGCUGGGGAACUGCAAAGUCUGCCUUGUCCUCAGCAUCUGUCCUUCUCACUCCUUCCCUGGAGUGGGAAGAAUCUCCUAGAUUCUGGUGGAAGAAUCUCCUAGAUUUCUCCAGGGCACCAUGUGAUUCGUUUUGGGGAUGGAAGGAAUCUGUCCCGCAUCGGGAAUAAACUUAUGAUGCACA